AGCAUCUUUAAAUUCCGUGGAUUUGGGAGCCCAUUGACUUUUAGUGGUGUGGCCAAGCAACUGCAGUUCCCACUAAUUGUCUCGGAAUUGUGUUGCUGAGGGCUUUUGAGUUACAACAUUGGGCGUUGCGAUGUUCAUGUGGGAAAAUAGACGGGAGGUUCUGUCUUGGCUUUCUUCCAGCUGCUAGAUGAUCCAAUAGCGAGUCAAAAAUGGUGUCAGUAGGGAAACCUGAAAAUGGGAUAUUCCAGGUUGAUACUGCCCUAGAGGAGCAAUUUUAAAGUCUUAAAAGGACUAUAUAGAUAAACAUCAAACUUGUUCCCCUCAAUGACACUGCGGAUAGGGGGUGUAAAAAAUAUUUUGCUCUGUUCACGUUUGGAAAGGAUCACAGAAUGAGGACAGUUGGACCAGUUAUUUAAAGCUGAAAACUAUAAGGUGUUCCAGAAAACAAUUUUAAAACAGCCUCUUUGAACUCAAAUCUUAUCAGAGUGUCUACUCUGUCCUACAGCAACAGCAGUGUACACGGUACCCGUGUUAAGUGAUUCAUGGUGUCCCAAGUUUAAAGGAAUACCUCAUCGCAAAAGAAGCAUCCCUGGAAAUGGAAGUAUUGUUAAUUUUCCUUCCAAAGUAAGGAACUGCAGAGAUUGCACAGAUGGCAGGGGCCUGCUUUUUAGGAAGAGAACAAAAAAAAGACAAGUUUGCAUGGAUUUUUUUUUCUCCAGUUUCUGCAGUGCAGAAAGUAUAGGAUUAUUUUUUAAACCAGAGCAACCCAAAGAGUAAUAUCCCACAGGAGCUUAACUCUUCGUCAUCUACAAGGGCCACAUUUUGCUCGAAGCUGGGCACCACUGCAGGCCCCUCAGAGGCCUAAUGCUGUUCCUUGUAGGCAUUUUGGGUCCGAUUUCCUGUAUUUUCCUGGAAGAAAAAAACCAACCAACCCUAAGUACCCUGAAUUUGCACCUCUCUGACUGGUCGGGCUGUUUUGCUCUGCCCCUUCUCUUAUUUAACUGUGUAUGUUCGUUGUACAUUCGGUGACUGUUACUGUGUUCAUAGUCUCGUGCAACCUGGCAGGUGUAAAAAAAAAAAGAAAAAAAAAAAAAAAAAAACAAACGAAAUUAAUAAAUCUUUUUCUCUUAAAAAAAAAAAAAAAAAAAAAAAAUGAUGUGCAACUUGCCCGUCCCCGCGUUAACAAACGCCGUCUGUCGCGACAUGGAGCAAACCGCCCCCGCCCCGCCCCUUUCCCCUCAGGGCGCGGAAGGGCCGGGGCGGCCCUGAGGGGGUGGGCACGCGCCCCGCGCAGGCGCGGCGGCGGCUGCCUUCGCCCGCGCAUGCGCCGUGACCGACUUCCGCCUUCCGCCGCGGCCGCGCGUGGGGCCGCCGGCCCCACCACAUCCCCAUACACUCGCCCCACGGCCCAACGGUCGCCGCCGGGGCUGUGGGGAGCGGCCCGGGGCCGCCCCGGGAAGCCCGGAGCCGGCGUAGCAGGAGCAGGAGAGGGGUGAAGAAUGGACUCCCUGGAUCAUAUGCUGACGGACCCCCUGGAGCUGGGGCCCUGCGGGGAAGGAAAUGGCACACGUAUCAUGGAGGACUGCAUGCUGGGUGCCACCAGGGUCAGUCUGCCUGAGGACCUUCUGGAGGACCCUGAGAUCUUCUUUGAAGUUGUCAGCUUGUCUACGUGGCAGGAGGUACUGACAGAUGCCCAGCAAGACCACCUAAAAAAAUUCCUGCCUCACUUUCCCGAAAACAACCGAGAGCAUCAGAACAAACUCAUCUCUGCGCUGUUCAGUGGUGAAAACUUCCGUUUCGGAAAUCCACUGCACAUCGCCCAGAAACUCUUCCGGGAUGGACACUUUAAUCCUGAAGUUGUGAAAUACCGGCAGCUCUGUUUUAAGUCCCAGUACAAGCGCUACCUGAGCUCGCAGCAGCAGUACUUCUACCGACUGCUCAAGCAGAUCCUCGCUUCCCGCAACCACUUGCUGGAUUUAGCUAGGAAAGGAGGCCCUGAUAUGACCCUGAGGAGAAAGCACUUCCCACCAACGUAUGACACAGAAGAACGAGACAGACGGACGCAUCGGCGCUACUUGAAGAUUCUGAGGGAAGUGAAAGAGGAGUGUGGAGAUACUACCUUGUCUUCUGAUGAAGAAGAUCUAAGCUCCUGGCCUCCAAGUUCUCCAGCACGUUGUCCAAGUCCACCCGUUCCCCUGAGAGUAAUUCCCACAUUGUCAACCUUGGACAUGAAAACAGCAGACAAGAUAGAAUUUGGGGAAAGCGAUUUGAAGAUGAUGUUGAGGAAGCACCAUGAGAAACGAAAACGUCAACCUGACCACCCCGAUCUAGUGACGACAGACCUGACUCUCGAGGACAUCAUGACUCGAGUAAAUGCUGGCAGGAAAGGUUCCUUAGCAGCCUUAUUUGACCUUGCAACCCUCAAGAAAAAGGUGAAAGAAAAGGAAGAUAAGAAGAAAAAAAAGCUGAAGAUUAUAAAAUCCGAGGUGGAAGAUUUGGUUGACUCUCUUAGCAAUGUGGAUGGAAUCCCACCACUGUCUCAGGACCCUUCCCCCAUCCCUCUGUCAUCUGUCAAAGAAGAACCUCUUGAAGAGAUGAAGCCAUGCCUUGGAAUAAAUGAAAUAUCUUCCAGUUUCUUUUUUCUUCUUUUGGAGAUACUGUUUCUGGAAGGACCCGCUACUCUCUCAGUGCUUGAAGAUAAAGUUCUAGAUUGGCAAUCUUCUCCUGCCAGUGCACUAAAUAACUGGUUCUCCUUUUCUUCUAACUGGUCUGAACUGGUUUUACCUGCUUUGCAGUACUUGACAGGUGACAGCAGAGAUGUUCCUUCCAGCUUCUCACCUUUUGUUGAAUUCAAGGAAAAAACUCAGCAGUGGAAGUUGCUUGGCUCUUGCCAAGAUCAUGAGAAGGAAUUGGCAGCACUGUUUCAGCUCUGGUUGGAGACCAAAGACCAGACGUUUUUCAAAGAAAAUGAAGACAGCUUGGAUGCCACAACACCAGUUCCCAGAGUAAGGACUGACUACGUAGUCCGACCUAGCACUGGAGAAGAGAAACGUGUGUUUCAGGAACAGGAACGUUACCGCUACAGCCAGCCCCACAAGGCUUUCACUUUCCGUAUGCAUGGCUUUGAGUCAGUCGUUGGUCCUGUGAAGGGGGUGUUUGACAAGGAAACCUCAUUAAACAAAGCCCGAGAGCAUUCUCUCCUGCGCUCAGACAGACCAGCAUAUGUCACCAUUUUGUCCCUCGUUCGUGAUGCUGCUGCUCGCCUUCCUAAUGGAGAAGGAACUCGUGCUGAAAUCUGUGAGCUGCUUAAAGAUUCCCAGUUCCUAGCUCCGGAUGUCACAAGUGCUCAAGUUAAUACUGUUGUCAGUGGUGCUUUGGAUCGAUUACACUAUGAGAAGGAUCCCUGUGUAAAAUAUGAUAUUGGACGCAAGUUGUGGAUCUACCUGCACCGGGACAGGAGUGAGGAAGAGUUUGAACGGAUUCACCAGGCUCAAGCUGCUGCAGCAAAGGCCAAGAAAGCUCUUCAGCAGAAGCCAAAACCUCCAGCUAAAAUGAAGUCUAGUAGCAAGGAGAGUUCUGUGAAAGCACUCCCCAGCAGCACAUCAGAGCCCAGUCAGCUGAGCCUUAGCGACUCCAGCAUGCCACCGACUCCUGUGACACCAACUGCACCAGCAUUACCAGCAACGCCUAUUUCACCCCCACCAGUGUCUGUGGUUAGCAAGAGUGUAUCUAGUGCUGGGUCGGAGCCAGCAAAACCCAGCCAGAGUGUUCUUCUGGUGUCAUCCCCUACCAUGCCACAGCUCGGGACGUUGCUUUCCACAGCCCAGAGUUCCCAGACGCAGUCGGGGCCGCAGCCCCCUCCCACCCGGGUGGUGAGCCAUACCACCUCCUCGGGACUGCCGCAGGUCCGGGUGGUCACUGCCCAGUCCAGCCUCCCAGCUGUGUCUCAGCAAGCCCCGGUGGUAACCCAACAGCAGCAACCUACGUCAGUGCCUCAGAUCCGCGUUCCGGCUACAGCCACGCAAACCAAAGUGCUCCCUCAGGCUGUGAUGACUCUGCCGGUAAAAGCUCAAACCAGCCCAGUGCAGGUGCAAAGACCAGGAGGCUCCGUGACAGGACAGGCAGGCAUCACCGUGACAGGACUGUCUGCAGCAGCCAGCCCUGCUGUGAAGCCAGUAACCAGCUCUCCGGGCAGUUCUGCUACGAGCACCUCCUCUACCACUGUCAUCCAGAAUGUGGCUGGCCAGAAUAUCAUCAAGCAGGUGGCUAUUACAGGACAACUCGGCAUGAAGACCCAGGCUGGAAGUGGCAUCCCGCUCACAGCGACCAAUUUCCGGAUCCAAGGGAAAGAUGUGUUGCGCCUACCCCCGUCCUCUAUCACCACAGAUGCGAAGGGACAGACUGUGCUGCGUAUCACGCCGGACAUGAUGGCCACCCUGGCCAAAUCUCAAGUCACUACUGUCAAACUGACUCAGGACCUCUUCACAGCAGCUGCGGGAAGCAGUGCUAGUGGAAAAGGCAUCUCUGCGACUUUGCACGUGACAUCCAAUCCUGUCCAGGCUGCUGAUUCUCCGGCCAAGACUAGCACGGUCACUUCGGCUUCUUCCAGCCCAGCUGGAAGCACAGUGGUUAAAGUGACUCCUGACUUAAAGACUGCAGAGGCAACAAGCUCCGCUUUCCGACUGAUGCCUGCUCUGGGCAUGACUGUGGCAGAUCAGAAGAGCAAAGCCGUAACUACGGUGGCAUCCACAGAGGCCAAGCCGGCUGCUACCAUACGAAUCGUGCAGGGGCUGGGGGUGAUGCCGCCCAAAGCUGGGCAGACUAUUACUGUAGCUACUAAGCAGGUGCCCUCUUCCUCAGCAGUCAGCGUGGCCGGCACAGUCCACACCUCAGCUGUCUCUUUACCAACCAUGAGUGCCACGGUGUCGAAAGCGGUUGCCGUGGCCUCGGGAGCUGCUGGGACUCCCAUAACGCUGGGCACAGGAGCCGCUGCUGUGCGGCAGGUGCCUGUCAGCACCACGGUAGUAUCUACGUCCCAGGCAGGUAAACUACCAGCACGAAUAACGGUGCCCCUGUCAGUGAUCAGCCAGCCCGUGAAAGGCAAGAGUGUGGUGACUGCUCCCAUCAUCAAGGGCAACCUCGGGGCCAACAUCAGUGGAUUAGGUAGAAAUAUCAUCCUGACUACGAUGCCAGCAGGGACAAAACUGAUCGCUGGGAAUAAGCCCGUGAGUUUCCUGACUGCACAGCAACUACAGCAGCUGCAGCAGCAAGGCCAGACCACGCAGGUGCGAAUUCAAACAGUGCCAGCCUCCCAUCUCCAGCAAGGAACAGUCUCUGGCUCUACUAAGGCAGUUUCCACUGUGGUUGUGACAACAGCUCCAUCUCCAAAACAGACCCAAGAUCAGCUAUGAGCAACGAUUUGAAAAUGGUCGCUUUCCACAAACUUCCCUGAGUCCGUGGUCAUCCUCCAUCCAACCACCUGAGACUACCUAACCUCAGCCGUGGCUAGGGGUUGGACCAGCUUCUGUCCCGUUGCUUGUCUGGAGUCAGCACUGUGAUGUCUGGGUAGAAAUUCCACAGCAGAAGAUGCUGUACCUACGAUACGAAAUGUUUCAGUCCAGAUGUGUAAAGCCAAGUUCUGUGGCAUUGAUCAUUUAAGAAAUGUCUUCCUUUAUUUUGUUCUCUUCCCGUCCGGAGGGGUUUUUUGCGAGUAUGGUUUCUGUGCAUUUUGGGUUGUAGACAAAGCAGUUGAUCUUGGGUCUUCCUUAACCAGGUAAACUUGCUUUUCAGAGUCACAAAGAAGAUGCCUCCUUCUGCUGGAGUCUUGCUGUCACUACUUUUAUACAGGUGACUUAGGAUGGUGGCUUGGACACCAGAGUUUGUAACGUAGCCUGGAUGUAGAUCCCUAACGUAUUGAGUGUACUAUUUAUAGACUUUUUAAAUAUCUCUCCCCUAUCUUUGAGCUCAGACUUCUUUUGAACAGAUACUACUUCCAUGUCACAUUUCUGUCGAAGGCAGGAUGAGAGUCAAGACGGUUUCUGCUGUAAAAAAGCUAGUAAGCGUGGGGAGGAGCGAGAAGCGGAGGAGGUGCAGAAAGUUGUGUGAACAAGUCUGUCAGCAAAUGGGAAUGUACUGGAAAGGUAAAAGAAAGCGUUCACCAGAAGGAUCCUCCUUUAGUUUUCCUCAACAAAUAAACCUUUUUAUCAGGCAAAAAAAGACUGUAGCGUGUCUUAAAAGUUUGGCAUAUGUUUUCAAAUAGACCCAAGCUGUAGUCUCUUGGACUGAGAAGAAGUAUUUUAACCCGUGAUCCCAGCUUUUAGUUUUUUUCUUACCUUUGCAGUUUUAUCUCUCUGUAAAUUUGUUUUGGGUUUUGCACAUACCGGAGAUGAAUUUGUGGCUGUUCUGACAUGACCUUGAAGCUUUCUCAGAACAAGAGCAAAAGAUGUGUUGGGCCGGGAGAAGAAUAAACGUGCAGAAAGCCUUUAGAAACCUCUCUGCCAUCUCCUUUUGGUUUUGUACAGCUUGUUUUGUGUACAACGAUUGUGUAGCUUGCCAAGGGCUAAUAGAUUGUCCAUCUUUGUAAGAUGGUUCUUUUUAA